AUGGAAAAGGGGCAAAGCUCCAAAGGCAAAGAGGUCGUGAACGAAGAAGCUGAGGAAGUCUAUGUUCCUCCACCAUCAAGACCUCCGUUCGUUCCUUUUCCAUCUCGCCUGAAGAAGCACAAUGAGGACCGACAAUUCGCGAGAUUUGCCGAGAUGCUGAAAAAGCUUGAGAUCACCAUGCCUUUCACAGAAGCCAUCCUGCAGAUGUCGUCUUACACAAAGUUUCUCAAGGACAUACUCACGAAGAAGCGAGUCGUGGAAAAAGAGACGGUAUCGCUCAACACCGAAUGCAGUGCGCUAAUUCAACAUGAGUUACCACCCAAACAAGCUGACCCAGGAAGCUUCUCGAUACCCUGCAAAUUGGGUAAUGUCUCCAUUGACAAGGCAUUAUGUGAUCUGGGGGCCAGUGUUAGCCUUCUCCCACUAUCGAUAUUCAAGAAGUUGAAUGUGGGAGAGUUGAAACCGACAAGGAUGGCGCUCCAGCUUACUGAUAGAUCGGUAAAAUUUCCCGCUGGGAUAUUGGAAGAUGUGCCACUUAAGGUGGGAAACUUCUUUGUACCAGUCGACUUCGUGGUAUUGGAUAUGGACGAGGACUCGAGAAUUGGCGAUGAGACGGUGGAGUUCACACUUGAUCAGAACCUCAAGCAACCCUCUGUCAUGGAAUCUUCAUACUUCAUCGACAUGAUCAAAGUUUUGACGGAGGAGGUAUUUGAUCAAUUGCAAGAUCGCGAUCCUCUGAAGAUGAUACUUCUAAACCCUGAGAAAACUGACAAGGAACAUAUAUGGACCUUUAGCCGAAUCCUGGAUACACCCGACAUACCCCCGAUGGAUCUAUCAAAGCCCCCGAUUCAGGCUAUUCUGUCCUCUGAGGGUGACACCAAUCUUGAGAUCACUGCCACUAAUCGAGCCCAAGAAUCCAAAGAGACUCCAGUACAGGAGCUGCUAAACAUGCUUCGAAAGUACAGGAAGGUCAUAGGGUACACAAUUGCGGAUGUUAAGGAAAUCAACCAUUUCCUUUGCAUGCAUAGGAUCCAUCUGGAGGACGAAUGCAAGACUUCCAUUGAGCAUCAACGACGCCUCAACCCGAUGCUGCAAGAAGUGGUGAAGAAAGAGAUAAUGAAGCUUCUCGAUGCAGAUAUCAUUUUUCCUAUCUCUGAUAGCCAUUGGAUCUCAGAGAAAGGGAUCGAGGUUGACAAUGCCAAAGUCGAGGUGAUCGAGAAACUGCCACCACCGCAUAAUGUCAAAGCUAUCCGCAGUUUCUUGGGCCAUGCGGGGUUUUAUAGGAGGUUCAUCAAAGACUUUUCAAAAGUCUCGAAGUCGCUCACCGACCUACUUUGUAAGGACGCGCCGUUUAUCUAUACUGCAGAAUGUGAUGCCGCGUUCCAAACUCUGAAAAAGGCAUUAGUAUCUCCGCCGAUUAUUCAGCCUCCUGAUUAG